AUGAAGCUUCAUCUUCUUCUAGGGUCCAAGUCCAAGGCAGUGCCUUUGAUGGUCUUGGUGUUGGUCCUUACUGGUAUGGCGGAACAAGGUCAGUGCACUACUUGUCACAGCACAUUCUUGUCGGCGCUGGUGCAGUUAAUACCGUGCAGAGCAGCAGUUACUCCCUUUAGCCGCAUUCCGCCAAGCGAUUCCUGCUGCAAUGCGAUCAAAGCUCUCGGUCAACCUUGUCUAUGUGUUCUUGUUAAUGGUCCUCCCAUAACUGGUGUGGAUAGGAACAUGGCACGCCAGCUGCCUCAGAAAUGUUCUGCCAACUUCGAACCAUGUGAUGCAAUGAAGUAG